CGCUGGAUGCCAGGACUGUGUCUGGGAUCGGGACUCCGCUUUGGGUUUGAGCGCCUCGGCUCCAUGCAGCUGCGCCCCGCACUCUGAACUUCUGGGACGUUUCGUGCAAGCGAAAUGGCACUGAGCGAAAACUGCAAAACGCAGCCCGCCAAAGACCAGGGCUCGGUGCAAAACCCUCCAUCGGACGUGGUUGAGCUGAACGUGGGCGGGCAGGUUUAUUAUACCCGUCACGCCACCCUGACGAGCUUCCCGAAUUCCUUACUUGGGAAGCUGUUUUCUAACAAGAAGGGGUCUUCAAAUGACUUGUCACGGGAUUUCAGAGGGCGGUAUUUCAUUGACAGAGAUGGAUUUUUGUUCCGGUAUGUGUUGGAUUACCUCAGAGACAAGCAGGUUGUCCUCCCUGACCACUUUCCAGAGAGGGGGAGGCUGAAGAGAGAGGCCGAGUACUUCCAUCUGCCAGAACUGACCAAACUUCUGUCAGGUGAGGAGCCGAAGCUGUUCCAGGAUGACAGUGACUGGGAUGAGGAGUCGCAGAGCAGCGACCACAGGCUGUACCCGGCUUACUCCCUGGACAGGAGGUAUGGUUACAUUACUGUCGCCUUCAGGGGUAGAGAGUACCACACUGACCCCAAGGCCAAAAAGUUACCCAGGAUCUUCAUCAGCAGCCGGAUUGGACUGGCCAAGGAGGUGUUUGGAGACGCCCUGAGUGAGAACAGGGAUCUGGACAGACCCCCGGACCGAUACACCUGCAGGUUUUACCUCAAGUUCAAGCACCUGGAGAGGGCUUUUGACAUGCUGUCAGAGACUGGCUUUCACAUUGUGGCCUGCAACACCUCGCUGACCGCGUCCUCCACGGGUCAUUACGCGGACGACAGGGUCUGGUCCAACUAUACACAGUACAUCUUUUACCGUGGGCCCUCGCGGUGGUCGUCCUCUCACUGUGACUGCUGCUGCAAGAGCCACAAAAGUGAGCGCGAGGGUGAGAGUGGCACCUCUUUCAACGACCUCUCCACUUCCUGCUCCGAGACCCAGUCGGAGGCCAGCACCCCCCAGGGAACCGUGAUCCACGCCCCCGUGAGCCGUCAGUCCAAAAUCCAGACCCUGGACCGACCUGUGCCCAAAGGCCCGGCCCUCAUGCUGCAGCAGCAGGCCGAGAUGCGCCGCAAGACGGACAUGCUGCGCGUGAGGACCUUCGGCGUGCGGGAGCGAGACGCCGCCAAGAGGAAAGCGCACAAAGAGAAGAUGACUCCGGAGCAGGAGCUGCAGAAAUGCAUUCAGGACUUCCGGCGCAUUAGGAUUCCCGAUCACUUCCCGGAGAGGAAGUACAUGUGGCAAUCCGAGCUCUUAAGAAAGUACAGACUCUGAAAAUGAGCGAGACGGGGGGAAGUAAAGACAACAAGAUGGUGCUAUAGAGUCACAUCACCGCCAGUAAAGAGUAUUACAAUGCAUUAGCGAUACACUGCACACUCUAAGGCACAUAUUGUACCAGAGAAUACGACUGUCCUGCCAGGAUGGAUUGCAAAGCACACAAAAAUACAAAGCAGUGUGAGUUAUUUAUCUGUAACCUUUGCACAGUGUUGUGAAUGAUAUGCACACGUGUAACUCAGACUGAGACUUAUGCGAAACGUCCUGCCCUCUCCGCGCAGAGACGAGAAAGAAAGGAAUACUGCAGGUCAUAGCAUCACUGACAACAAGCGACCUCAGGGGAAACAUCGUUUCAGUUCACCAACCUACCACAUUCUGCAUGUGCAGUCGCCCACAGUGGCUGCUUUUUUAAGAGGAUGUACCCAGAUGGUGCUGUGAGCUAGCAACACAUUAUCACAAUACUUCACCAAGCUUUCUCUCUCUCUCUCUCUCUCUCUCUCUCUCUCUCUCUCUCACACACACACCCAAACAUGUUAAGUAUGCUUCGGCAACAGCACUGCAUGUCAUCUCACCCUUAGCAUAAUUAUGCAAUAUCAAACAAAAUCUCAAUUCACUGUUUUUGUCUGAUGGGUGAAAAGAGAGUUGGUGGGUGAGACUAAUGUACUGAGGGAAGCACUGCCUUGAUCUGUUUGUAUUACUUUUUGUCUGAUGUUGUCCUGGUGAGAAGAUUUUGUGUAGGUAGAGCAAAUGGCAAUGGGAUUGGUGGGUUCGCUGACUGUAAAUGUGCUAAAAGACGAAAUAAAUGGGUUAGAAUUCCAUGUAAAAA